GGCCAGCAACCAUUAUCGCCCAUCUAAUCAUUUCGCGCCGACGACACAUUGAAAUGCACUGAAAAGUUAUAGCGUGCAGCUAUUCGUAAUUUUUCUGCCUUUUCUUUUACGACAAAAGUUGCCGCCGUACACUACGUGCAUUUUUUUUUAUCCCCUAGUGCGGCGCGACAGGCUAGGGAAGCUCACAGAAUCCCAACCCUGGUGAAGCUUUGCUUCGCUCGUUUUCGGGACAGUGUUUUCAGUACGCCGCGACUGAAGCUCAUUGAAAGCUGAGCCCGUUGGCUCAUUACUGCCACGAUGGCUUCUGGCUCUUUAUUUGGUGGUCUUUAUGGCAAUGCAGGCAAUUCAUUCCAGAAUUCAACGCAGCGCCCGGGUUUUGGACUUACUCAACCACAACAAACCCAGCAGAACAACCAGUCUCAACAGAUGAACCAGUCACAACAGGCUGGAAGUUCACUAUGGAAGCCCGGCAUGAUGUCGCUUCACCACAAGACGAUACCAGAGCAGAUGCACACAUUAACAUGCAAAUGGGACCCGGCACACCCCUCAUGUGAAUUCAAGACCUACUUUUACAACAAGGUCGACGAAGCAGCUAUACCAUUCUACGGCCCUGCGCCUGGCGACGACCCAAAGGCAUGGGAGGAGGCGUUGGCUGAGAAGCCCGGCCCCGGCUACAUCCCUGUGGCGGCAGUCGGGUUCCAGGCGCUCGCGCAGCGACUCAACGCUCAGAGGCUGGCGGUGGGCCAGUUCAACCAACGUCUGCACGAAAUCAACGCCAGUCUAGACGCCAUCCUCUCGAGGCAUGACCUCGAGACGUCGGUGCGCACCAUGGCCGCCCGCAGGAGACACGCGGAGCUGCGCAAGAGGAGCUUGAAGCUCGCGGCGCGGGUGCAGGUGCUGCGGAACCGGGGUUACGCGCUUAGUGGCGACGAGGAUGACCUCAGGAUCAAGUUGGCUGCGCUGGAGCGGACAGCCCAGGACCCGGCGCUCGGCGCAAGGCUGGAGGAGCUGUGGAGCAGACUGAUCACGCUGCGGGACUAUGCAGAGCAGUUGAAGAGUGAGAUCAGCAAAGGUGCGCCAGCUGAGAUACAGACUGGACUUGGAGAAGAAGUUGAGGCCAAGGCGAAAAAGAUUCUUGAGGACUAUGAGAAGCAAAUACAACAUCUCAAGAAAGAGUUGGAGCUAGUCAAGAGCGAGUACGACGAUUGGGAGAAACAAACCACACCUGCUACCAGGUCAUGACCUCGGUAAAUCAAAUCACGACAUGUAUGGAAGCAGGUGGGCAAGCUGGUAUGAGAAAUGGGAUUUUGUUGUUGCUAAAAGUCCUGCCCUCAGGUGCGCUGGCCCAAGCUACGCUUCUGAUGAGUUCUGAGAUGGUUGGUGGCUCACGGUUGCUAGCUGCUACAAAACGAUACCACAUGCAAAAGGAGUCAGGAAGCAUUUGAUCAACUGUAAAAAAAUAGUGGAUGAGUGUGAGAUACUGAUAGUCAGAAAUCGGCUUCAAUGGACCUGAGCAUGUUGGCGUGGAUACCCUUGAAUUCUUACUAAAUAUUUCAGAAGAGACGCAUGGGAAAAUAAGCCCAGCAA